AUGCCAGGGCCAGAGGGAUCCACGGUGGGGCUGGAGGGAUCCACGCGAAGGCCGGAGGGAUCCACACUGGGGCUGGAUGGAUCCAUCCUGCCAUCCGCACCGGGGCUCUGGGCUGUGAGCUACGAGGACGCCGUCUCGGCAGCCGUGGAGCUGCUCAACACAAGGCCUGUCAGUCCCUAUGUCCUGCGGCUGCGGGACACCCAGCCCUGGCCUGGCUGGGCCGUGGACCUGCAGCACCAGCAGGAGCUGAGCUUCACCGUGGAGGAGACCUCGUGCCGUGCACCGCUGGCGGUGACCACCUGCCAGGGCCGCUGGCCCAGGGCAGUGGCUUGGUGCCGGGGCAGUGUCUUCCUGGAGCUGCGGCAGCCCACGGCGGAGCUCUCCUGCGAGCGGGUGCCCCGCACGUUCGGCCGCCUCCAGACAUCGAGGCUCGCGGGGUUUUUUGCCAGGAUCAAGGAGCGUUUCAGGGGUUUCUUCCAGUGCAGCAGGAUCUGGAUCCGCGACAAGCUCAACCUCAAGCAGCCCCAAGCCUGA